UCUCCAUGAAAAACAAGAGUGCUUCUCAUUUAUAAAAGCAUGCCUCUGAUGUCCGUCUCUCACUCACUUCAACCAAUGUGUUCGUCAUAGUGACAUUGUGAUCGAGCUGCUCCUCUCCCUCUCUCUCGGUUCAGAACAGCGCGUGCCUCAGAACCCUGAGAUAAACGGCUGUACGCAGCGCCGGUACCGGGACGCCGCUCCAACAGAUCAACACUUGAAGAGAGCGACAGAGUGGAAACGGUCAAACGACUAUGGAUGCGUCCUGCUCGAUUUAAAAAAUAAAUAAAAAAUUCAAAGGGAUUAUUGUUAUUUUUUCUUUGAAGUGUAAACUUUAACCACCACUUUUUAAAUCGUAAGGGAAUCAAAACCGCAAUAAUGAAUGAUAUUAAACUUGCGGUUUUGGGAGGCGAAGGAGUCGGGAAAUCAGCUCUCAUCGUUCGAUUCCUGACGAGGCGAUUUAUCGGCGAAUAUGCCUCAUCAUCAGAAUGCAUAUACAGGAAGCGUCUGUCUAUUGAUGGUAGACAGCUGAAUCUAGAACUCUAUGAUCCAUGCUCACAGGCCUGUGAGGGGAAGUCGACUCUGACCGACCAGAUCCACUGGGCUGAUGGCUUCGUAGUGGUAUAUGACAUCAGUGACCGCUCCUCCUUCAUCAAGGCUAAAGCCAUAGUACACCUGAUCAGAGAGUUAAACCUGGGAGUGGCCAAAAGGGAUGCAGACACUCUGGUGUUCCUGGUGGGUAACAAGCAGGACCUGUGCCACGUGAGGGAGGUGCGUCGAGAGGAAGGCCAGCGUCUGGCAGCCGAGUCCCAGACACAGUUCUACGAGCUCUCUGCAGCAGAACACUACCAGGAAGUGGUCCUCAUGUUCUCGAAGAUGGUCCACAACGCCAGCCUUGGGGGCAAGGCCAAGGAGAGGAGACGGAGACCUAGUGGCUCCAAGUCCAUGGCCAAACUCAUCAAUAAUGUCUUCGGGAAGCGGAGGAAAUCAGUGUGAAAGGGGAGAUGGGAAAGGUCAAGUAUUUACCCCAGGCCUAAAGAAGCCUUGUUACUUCGUUACUCCCCUUGGGACUGUUGUUGAAUGGUGAAAGGGAUUGUGGGAAAAGGUCGAUCACGUUGAAUGGACCCACCACCAACAACAACAUGGGCUUCACCUACUUUACUUGCUGUUGCUAUUAUUAUUGUUGAUCAUGAAAAGAGUCAAUAAUAAUUAGACCCCCCCACCAACCUCCACUCCUCUGGUUGCCAACCACCAAGGCCCCCCACCAACCUCCACUCCUCUGGUUGCCAACCACCAAGGCCCCCACCAACCUCCACUCCUCUGGUUGCCAACCACCAAGGCCCCCACCAACCUCCACUCCUCUGGUUGCCAACCACCAAGGC